AUGGCGGCGGCCCCGUCACGUCCGUUUGAUUAUCUCGAAAGCCUUCCCGGAACGGUCUUCUUCAAGCUCUACCAACAGCCCUCUACCGCUCUUGCUAUCUUCAGGCGCAUGCUGCCUGACCUGGCAAAAUGCUUCGUGAUGGCGCUCCUCUAUUUGAAGGAUCCGCUUCCAGCGGCGGACUUGGAGAUUUGGGUGAGAUCUGAGAGCUUGAAGGAACGGGAUAGCGCCCUUUCAAUCCUAGGAAGACUACACAUCCUUUCGAAUACCACAACUGCGGCCAACGUCCGCGCUUACAUGGUCACCGACCCAUUCGCAGUUUCACUUCGGCAAGCUCUUACAGGUGCUGAAAAAACACAGUCGUUUGGGGUGCUUUACCGAUUAUCAGAUGCGGAGAAUGUCUCGAUCUCGGAUCUUGAUGACUAUGCGCGCCGACAAUGGGAAGGGGUGCUUGGUUAUAUGGUUGGCACCAGUGGGCUCGGAAUACAACGCGAUGCGAACCUGAGUAAAGGCGUUAAACAACUUUUACAGGCCGGACAUCUGGUGGAGAUCAGAGAUCGCCGCGUCGAAAUUACUCAAGACGGAUUCGCGUUUGUCCUUCAAGAUGUAGGCACCCAAGUCUGGCAUAUCUUGAUUCUAUACGUUGAGAGUGCGGAAGCUAUUGGGAUGGAUAGUGUUGAAGUGCUUUCCUUUGUAUUUCUCCUCAGCAGUCUGGAACUCGGCAAAUCGUACGAAAAGAAACAUUUGACAUCGAACCAACUUCGCACUCUAACCGAUUUAGCGGAUUUUGGCAUCGUCUAUCAGGAUUCUCCCGAAGCGAGCCAUUUUUAUCCCACUCGUCUUGCGACCACCCUUACAUCGGACUCAAGUGCGCUGGGAAAUCCAAUAGCCGGCACACUCUCUGGCCCCGUCGGGGCCGACUCUAAUCAACCUGGCUCUGGAUUCAUUAUCAUUGAAACAAACUACCGACUUUAUGCAUACACAUCUUCACCGCUUCAAAUCUCUCUUAUUGCAUUGUUUACGACUCUUAAGUAUCGUUUUCCUAACCUAGUUACGGGUAAGGUCACUCGGCAGUCUAUUCGCCGGGCAAUUGAAAUGGGUAUCACGGCCGAUCAAAUUGUUUCAUACCUGGCUACACAUGCACACCCGCAAAUGCGCAAGCACAAUGCGUCUCGGUCCACAUCCAACCAAGCCGGUAUCCCGCCAUCGGUCCUUCCGCCUACGGUUGUAGACCAGAUUAGGCUUUGGCAGCUGGAGCGCGACCGUGUUAGAGCCACGGCCGGCUUUUUGUUCAAGGAUUUUGUCAGCCUGGCCGAAUACGAGGCCCCGUGUCGGUACGCUGAAGAGAUCGGGGUGCUUAUAUGGAAGUCUGACCGCCAAAGAAGGUUCUUCGUGACUAGACAUGAACAAGUUGCGGCGUUCCUACGAAGCAGGAAAUGA